CCGUGAGUAUCGUGUGUUAUGAGAAUGCAAAGUUGUAGAGAAAAUUGUAUAAAAAUGUUUAUAAAUAUGAACAAGGAUUGUUUUAAUGAAUAUUUUUCGAAUAUUCAACAACAACAAUCAUGAUUCUGUUCCUAUCCUAUAAGGGACAAUAAGACUGUUCCCUAGUUAACAUUAUGAAAAGGUCGGACAAACAUACAGGAGGACACAUUUUGUAUGAAAUUGUUGAUCAUAUUCAACAUGAAGACCUCAAUAUGAACGCUUAUUACCACAUUAUAUAUUAACAUUACACUAAUUUAUUAUCAACGAUACUGUUAGAAAAUAAGUUGUUGUUUAACAAUUUGUCAUGGCAUUUUAUUUAAAAGAUUUUGUACUAAAAAUACAAAUACUGAAAUUUAUAUCAUAUUUGUAAUGUUAAAGUUAUUUUUCAUGCUUAAUUAAAACACAUAAUAAUCCAUGUUCAAAUACAAUGCGACAUGUUUUACAAACACUUUUUGAUGGUAACAAAGGAAUGGAUUGUUCAUUAUUUAUUAUACUAGUAUUAUAACUAUAAAAUGGUGAGUUUGUACGUAGAAAAUAUUAAUAUUUAUGGGUGAAACCUCGAGAUAUUUUUUAAUUCCAUUGAACAGACAUAUAACGAUACGUGUAAUAACUGAUAUUUUUUAUUUUUAGAAUGACAACUUUGUGCUUUACUGCAGAUAAUUACGAAUAAUUUACUAAGGAAAACAGCCCUGCAAAAUAUUUUUGUAAUAAAUGGCAAUUUAAAACAAAUGCAAUUUGUGUUUUAAUACAUACUUAAAUGCAAUUAAAGUAAAAUAAAACGUAGUUUUCAUUGUACAAAAAAUAUUUGCCGAAUACACAAAUAUUUCGCGACGUUCUGUUCAAUUUUUUACGUAUAGAUGUGUCCCUUCAUAGUGUUUGGCCAUCCGCACAAAUCCUCAAGGAAAAAUGCUGUACUUUAAAGAAGAGUUCUAUACUUUUAGCCCCUUUUGUGUAAAAUACGAGCCUAAAAUGCCUGUCUGGAAACAUAUAAGUAUAACAAAACCAACUUUGUUUUUAAAGUUGAGAUAAUUAAACCUUGAAAAAAAAAAACACUCCAGUUUCAUGGAGCUAAAAACCCCAAUACAUAAUUUAAUCACGGCUGUAUAUACUAAUAACGUACUUUUAAUUACCUGGAGAAAUAUUUAUUGUGAUUUUAAGAUUAAAUCAACCGCUCUAAAAAUACAUGUAGGUCAUGCAAGUGUUUCUGGAGACUUUGACUCAACAUGACAUUUUCAAGAGUUUUGAAUUUUACUGCCCAUGGACCUUAUUUCAGGAUCUACUAUAUAUCGUUACAGUUUUUAUUUUUUUUUAAUUUUGUAAGAGAGAUUAAGUGUACACUUUAAUACGGGUUACUGAAAUUGUUUGAUUUAAAAUGUUUAAAACAGCUACAACUAAUCUUUGGACAUUCUGUAACAACAUCCUAAACAUCAUACUAAUUUUAAAAAAAACCAGGUCAAAGAUGUAAGACAAGUGUAACAAAAUUAAUACUGAUAGGCAAGUUGAGUUCAUAUUUUCUCGGUUCCGUAUAGUUUCUGAGGAAAAGGUACAAAAACUCACACAAAUUAACCUUGGAAGUAUAUAGCCAUCCCGGCCGAGGUGGUGGAUGCACUGGAGAGAAUUGACGAAGAGUCAAAAAGUAGAUCAUCACGAACAGCACGUGUAAACAAGAUACGCACUCAUUAUAACAUUCCAGAAGAGAAGCACCGUAUCGGUGGAAGAUCUUGGGUAGCCACCGUGUAGGAUUACGCAAGACUGGCACGCACGGGAGGUUCCGCUGUAUGUAUACCCUGGCCGUGGAGGAGUGUGGCACAGUGUUGACCAGGAUGUGGGCUCUAGCAGUCGUUCUAGGAGUGUGUGUGGUAUUCGGGAGUGUCCAGGGGGGCGGCUGGCACGGCUACCACGGCUAUCAGGACCACGAGGACCUUCAGGAACAUCACCACCAUGUUAAGACCGUCACUGUUACCAAGAAGGUGCCAGUGCCUUAUCCUGUUACCGUUUACAAGAAGGUACCAUACACUGUGAAGGUUCAUGUUGAUAAGCCGUAUCCCGUCCACGUGCCAAAACCCUAUCCAGUGUACGUUGAGAAAAAAGUCCCCUACACAGUCAAGGAAUACGUGCCCCAGCCCUACACCGUUUACAAGAAGAUACCAUAUCCAGUAAAGGUGCAUAUUGACAAGCCGUAUCCCGUACACGUGCCGAAGCCUUACCACGUGUAUGUGGAAAAGAAAGUCCCUUACACCGUUGAGAAACACGUACCUUACCCUGUGAAAGUUCACGUAGACAAGCCCUACCCUGUACACUACUCUGUGUACAAACCGGUGCCCUAUACUGUAGAGAAGAAGGUGCCCUUCCCUGUUAAGGUCCCUGUGGAAAAACCUUACCCUGUCCACGUGCCUAAACCCUAUCCCGUGUAUGUAGAGAAGAAGGUGCCCUACACCGUAGAAAAACAUGUCCCCUACCCGGUCAAAGUCCCCGUCCACGUGCCCGUCCACGAGGAGAACCACGACCACGAAGAGAGCUCUGAACACGAUACCGGAAGCUACGGAGGAGAAGAUCAUGGCUACACCGGAGGUGACUUUGGAGGGUACGAGGGUGGACACGAUUAUGAGGAAAGCAGUCACUACAAGAGGGAUACACAAAAGCAGACUUCAUCAUAGCUCUAAAUUCAUUUGUAUCUUUAGGAAAAAUUGUUGAAAAUUGAAAUAAAAAUUUAUAGUGUUUUGUAAA